AUGACAAGGCUCAUUCAGAACAUGCCCUCAAACCGGUUGCUUGUGAAUCUCAGUGGUUUCAGCAGCAAAUGGUGGAGGCAGAAAAAUGGUCACCCACAAAGAAGUGUCCUUGUCCAACGAGCUACCUAUGCUGAUGAACGGUACAUUGCCUCACAGAAGCAGUCAUUUGAAGAGGUGGAAAAAACAUUCAGUGAUGCUCUGGCAUAUCUGGAUCUUUACUAUCCAGAGAAAACCAAACUUAGCCCAGCUAUUUCUGUAGGGAAUAUAGGACAACUGACCUGUGACCUGAUAAUAAACACUCUAAAACUUACAAAGACAGGUUGUUUUUCAGACCAGUCUCUACAGCCUCUCUGUGGAAAUGAUGCAUUUCAUUCUGAAGGAAUAGCAGCUGGAAAAUUGGUCACCAGUGCUGAAGUUUAUGAGUCUCGGGAGAAGAAGAUAGUUGUGAUCCAGCAGCGGGCAGAUCUUGUACAGGGAAGAACCAGUGAGUUUCGAAGAAAGCUGAUUGAUUGGAUCAAAGAGAGUGGCUUCUCAAAAGUCCUAUUACUCACAUCUUGUUUUGCCUAUGAGAAAACAGAUGCUCACAUUCAAAGCAAUACAUAUAGAUAUCUGAUGACACCAUCCCUUGAGGCUAAGAGAGAUGAGUUUGUAUCCAACCUCUUGAAGUAUUCUCGUCUAGAGAAGAAACCUGUAGAAGAAGGAUUAGAGUUGACAAGCCAACAAGACAUUCCAGAGGCAGGUAGAGACAUCCAUCUACCCGGAGGAGGCAUUGCUAGAAAACUCUUUAUUGACUGGUAAAAAUACAAGUCAGUUUUUUUUUUAAGUAAUAGUUAUGCAAUAAAACAAGGAGAUUUAAGACAUGGAGAACCAUCCAACACUUUCCCUUUAUAGCCACUUCACAAACUAAUCAUAACAUUUUUAUAGUGAGGAAGUGUGUGGGAUUUUGUAAAAUGUUGAUUUUAAAAAUGUCAAAUUAUUCGGUUUUAUCACAUUUUGAAACUGUUAUCAUUCAAAAUUUCUCCCAAUAUCAGGACACAAUACGCCUUUGAUGUAUAUUUCGUCAUGUGUUCAAUAUCUAUAUUUGUGCUGAUAUGGAAAUGGAAAUAUCCCAUUUCUCUUUUUUUGGCUACAAAUCAUUUUUCAGUUUUUCCAUGAAACUGGCGGCAUCACAAGUCACCACCAGAGGCUACAUUGCACCUGUAUUUCUUGUGUACCUCUUUAGAAAUUGGAAGCUAUUUGCAUAUUGUUGUCACUCCAUUCUUUUUACCUCCAUAAAUAAAAGAAAUGUAUUUUUUUUCUUUGGAGGAUCAAUUUUUGGGGUUAAUUUAUUCUAUUUAUUCUUUACUGUCCUAAUUCUACUACCACACAUACACCUGGUUUUUCUCUGAGAUUUUUUUUACACCAAUUAAUCUCUGAAUUGUGAUUUCUACAAUGUUGUAAAUUGUGUAGGAGUACUUCCCUCUUAAGAGACAUAUGACAUUCAAGAUGGUAUCAUAUGAUAUGGAUUUUAUAGUAAUAUAUCUCAACAGGCCCGUAGACGGGUGCAAUUAACUUGGGGAAAAUGCCCAAUUUGUUUUGGACUUCUAAAGUCAAUCAGGCACGUGGAGACAAGAGUUCAUUUUUUAACAAAAAAUUACUUGCUUAUAUUUUCGCCGUAUGUAAAUGUCCUAAAAUUUUCAGGACUUAUCCAACGUGAUAAUAUUCUAUCCUGAAAAAUUUUAUUUCAAAUAAUCAAAUAGUUUUAAUUUCUCGCUUAAGUUUUCGCUCUGCCGAAGACUUAUUUCUUGAGAAAUCACUGUAUGAAAAUAGGGUUCUGACACAAAAUAACAAGGAGUUUUUUAUACCAGCAAACCCAAGUUCUAUGCACACCAUGAUGCGGGCCCUAUAACACACGUACGUUAUAAUCGAUUAUAUCGCUAAUCAUACACAAUGACCACUGCAAUGAGCUAUGGCACUCAAGCCCUGCAAUCACUAGCCUUUCUGUACAAGGUAACCAUUGAUUUUUCCCUUUUUCUCAAUUCUGUCUGUCUUUUACUUUAUCGACAUGCGAUGAUCGUGAUCAGUGAUGAAAUGAAGCGUACAAAAAGCUUAUACCCGCGCGGCAAAACCGAAUUCUGGUCAAUUUGUCUGGUACAUGAAUAGGGAUUUCACACACUAUGGCAUGGCAGCUUCAUUGCACUGUACUAGCAAUGCCAGUGACUGCUUCACCAUCUUCAGAACAAACAAAAAAGUGAAUUUACUGGACUGACGUCGUCGUUUUCAGUGGGCUGAAUCCGGCGUGAAAACAAAUUUCUCGUGUUAAAAAUCGUAAGGAGUUGGAUUAUUACCAGACAUAUCCUUAUCCCGUGAUUACAAGAACUGAUUUUUCACACAAAGUUACCUUAAUAGUUACUUUCUGAUGCAUCUCAGUUUUGUUCAUGCUGAAGACCUAAAAAUGUGAAAUUUAAGCGAAUUUUUGACUACUUAUUUUCAUUUUUUUCAUGGAGAGUUUUUGACAUAUUUUUCGCAGUGGUGCUCCACAACAACAAAACUAACUAGAGUUUUAAUUCGUCAUGAUGACGAACUAGCUGAUCUGUCUCUGAUUCUCAUGAUCACAAAUACAAUCACCAUGUUUAUUGAGAUCAAUAUGAUAUGAUCAUCAUGAUGAAAAAUGAACUUUUCUUACGAAAAGAACAUGUUGAAUAUUCUUCAAAAAGAGGGAAAUGAGAAAGUUGUGUGAAAAAGUGAAGGUCAUACAUAUGGUACAUGUUAUAUUAAAAUGGAUUUCGAUCUCUUUUAA